CUACCAAACAGAGACAGAGACAGACAACAGAGUGUGUAGCUAUGCCGUUGGCGGAGACAGUUCUAGAGUCGCCGGAAUCUGAUUUGACCCAUAUCAAUUUCGAUGAAACUGAGCUCACCUUGGGGCUUCCCGGAGCCGAGUUCCGCCCAACUCAGCCAAACAAGGUGUAUCACAAACCUAAUGCUAAUAGACGCGCUUUCCAUGACGCUGUUGAUGCCGGCGCCGGGAACUCCACAAGGAAAAAGCCGGCAGCCAUGGGUUGGCCGCCGGUGAGAUCAUACAGAAAAAAGACAACAGAAAUGAACUAUAAGUACGUUAAAGUUGCUGCAGAUGGGGCGCCGUAUUUGCGUAAGCUCGACCUUCAGAUGUUCAAUGGCUAUCACCAACUGUUCAAGGCAUUCCAGGAAUUGCUCCCCUCCUAUCCAAUAUGUUGCAACAAUUUGAACCCAGUGAAGAGAGCAUAUGAAUACUUUCCAACUUACGAAGAUAAAGAUGGAGAUUGGAUGUUAGUUGGAGACGUCCCUUGGAAAUUGUUCAUUGAAUCUUGCAAACGUAUUCGUUUGAUGAAAGGCUCAGAUGGCAAUGGCAAUGGCAUAGCUCCCAGAGUCCCAUAGAAAGGAGGAAGGUCAAGGCUUUGGAUGGCCAGUUUUUUCAUUUUUAAUUCGUUAAACUUGGGUUGAGAAUAUGAUCGUAGUUAUGGGCUUGCUUGAAUGCGAUUAGGCCUUAAGAUGUUGUAUAGUUGUUAACUUGAUCACAGGUGGAGUGAUCAAAUACUAAUGGGUCAUUGGUCAUGUUCAAA